AUGUUGCGCUUUGGUUGGACCGCUGAGAGUCUAUGUCGAUGCUUGCCGCGCUUGAAGCGAUGCUUUGCUGCAGCUCCUGUGGGCUUUGUCCGGGAUGAGACAUUGGUGAUCAAUACUUUGAAUCGCGAACAGGUCAUCAAAGGUGUGCCUGUCGCACAUAUUGACGAAAGUGGUCAUGGCGUGGUCCAUAUCCACGUUCGCAAAGAUAAAGAGACCUUUCAGUUUUCCUAUCCGCGCGCCCUACCGGGAGAGAAGCUGAACCUUGUGGUGCGUUCAGUCAAGAAGGACAAAUUCAAAAAGAAGGAGGCAGGUCGGUAUCGCUUGGCCAUCAACGAACGCUGCUCCGCGUCGGUGAAUGAAGUGACACCGCGGUGCCAGCAUUUUUCGGAGAAGUGCGGGGGAUGUGCGUUUCAAAACUUGAAGUACGAAGCCCAGCUCUGGGAGAAGUUCGGACUGCUGCAGAUGCGACUGAAGGAGUACGACCUGAAGCCCAAGGUUUUGUGGCCACCAGAGAAGUCCAAUGAAGCCUAUGGUUGGCAUGCGCGCACGGAAUUCCGCUUCUUCUUGCGGGAGGGUUUGCAACUGGGCCUCCACCCAGAAGGAAGCCCCGUGCCUCUAGCCCUAUCGAAAUGUCAUUUGCAUCCCAACGCCGCUCAUGAGGUCUUUCAGGCCAUUUUGGCAGCUGCUCGAGCCGAGAAGUGCGUCAGUUGGGAUGAACGCACCGGAAGGGGCUGGCUCUGUCAGCUGGUCCUGCGUUCUUCGCGACCGAAAGCAACAACCGAUGACGUUGAGGUGCUGGCCACUCUGGUCACAGUGGAGGAGGCUCCCAGAGACAUCUUGGACCGGGUGGCCGCGGUGGCCAUGAAAACUCUUCCGCAGCUUGUGGGAGUGACGUGGUCCAAGGAGGGUGGGGAAACUACGGUGCAAAGUCCAAGCUGGCGCAGCUUUGGUUUGCGACCUCAAGAGCUUCUGGCUGGAAGGCCAUUCUUACUGUGCGACCUGAUGGGCCUGCAGCUGAAGCUGUCGCCGGAGGCCUUUUUUCGGCCCAACCUUUUCCUGACCGACGCGGUGCUCGGGCAGGUGCUGGAGAUGGCACAACUGGACGCGGAGACGGAAGCGUCGGAGGUGCUGUGGGACACCUUCUGCGGUCAAGGUUUGUUCACCUUGGCCUUUCGACAUCGUCAUCCACAGCUUCGGGUGGUGUCAAUCGAUCGCUCUGGCCCUGCGCUGCAGCAGUUGCAGCUCAACUUGGACAACCACGGACUGGAGGAUGUGGAUGUCGUGCAAGGCGAUUUGGGGGUUCCAGCCUUCCUGCACAGAUUGACUGCAGCUUCCGACCUGGAAACUUCUGUAGUGGGGGAAGCUGCUGAGAACGAAUCUGAAGAUGAACCGGAGGAGGCUGAAGCCCUUGGCCGAGUGCACGAGAGCUUGCCCGAGACCCUGCCGGCACCAAGUAUCUUGUUGGCAGACCCUGGGCGCAAUGGAAUGCCGAAGGCUUUCAGGAGGCAGCUGCUCGAGCUAAAGGUGCCAAAGUUAUUGUACAUCAGCAGCGGCAGGGCCUUCUUGAGGGAUGUGGCAUAUUUGACCACGAAACGUGGCUAUCGCUUGCAGGAUGUGCGAUGUUUUGAUUUGCAACCACAUACGGCAAAGUUUGAAGCUUGUCCAUUGCACUUGGGGUGUUGGUUUCUCUUUCACGGCAGCUUCUCCUUCCACCUCUUGGCGCUGGGUUUGAUGCACUGUUUCGGUGCUCUUAUGGUCUACUUAUUGGUUGAGGAGGCCGAGCUCGAGAACUUCAACGUGCUGCGAAAGCUGACCCUUGAGCAGAAGUACAUGGAGACGAUGCAUAGCUCCCUACAAGGCAUGCUGUCGAGCAUUUUCGAAGCUUGGGCGGGUGGUAACGAAGAGGGCGACAUUCGCUGCUGGGCACAGUCUCCACAUCGAAACGACGAAGCCGAGACCCGGGCCCAGGCGCUGCUGUCCCUGGUGAACGUCACGAGUUUGUUGGACUUGUCCUUGGAUCCCAAGGAACGUGAGUCCAUCACCGACUUUCUGCAACGGAUGAGCGUAAAGGCAGCCAGUAGCACAGAGCGGGUUGGGACUUUGACGCUGAAGCUGAAGAAAGCGGUACCCCUUGAGGUUCAGCUCACUGGUAUCAAGGUCCCAGCACGUCGCAGUGGCCUUUUGGAAGCAUUUUUUGGGCCGAUGAAAAGUGCCCAGUGUCUGACUUACCCAUUAAAAACCAACAUUGAAAUCGUGGAUUUCCCGCGCUUCGCCAUGGUUCCCGAUGGCGCGGGGAUCCUUUCAGGACCGGGGACGCCUCAGAGUAACAAGGCCAAAAGCCUUGAUGAGCCUCCAGUGCUGCGACUACCUUCCAAAAGUCGCGAAAGCCGUGAAAACCGUGAGAACCGGGAAUUGCCAGUGCUCAAGCAUGCGGACACCGGGGACACUGCGUGCCUUGCAGAUGACGAGGGCCGAGAGAGGAUGGUCCUGCAGCGUCCAGGUGCACGGUCAGCGGCGGGCCCUUCACGAUUGCAACAGCGCGCCAAGGGGAAGGGCCUCACUUUGGGUAUGGAUUGCAACAAGAUCACCCGAGAAACCACUGAGACGUUUGUGGAUGCACACGACCACUACGAGAUGCUCGAACAGUUGGGCCGGGGCUCUGUGGCAACCGUCAGGAAGGCGAUUCGAAAGAAGGACGGCCUUGUGGUCUCACUGAAGAUUUCCGGUAGUAAGGACAAGUCUGCUUUGGUGGAGGCCGAGUUCAAAAUUCUGCAGUCCAUCAAACAUCCCAACAUCAUCCGGGCCUUCGACUACCUGGAGACCUCUGUAAGCUCCAUCUUGGUCUUGGAGUACUUUGAUGGAAGCAGCCUUGAGGAGGCAGUGCACCAGAGUUCCCUGGGUCACUUUCCAGAACUGACAGCCCGGGAACUCUUUCGCGCGUUGCUUUCAGCCGUGUGUUACCUUCAUUCACAUCGUAUCAUUCACAGAGAUGUGAAACCUUCCAACGUCAUGGUUUCAGCAGGGCUUUCGGACCUGAGACUGCUGGACUUUAACGUGGCCAAACGCUUGACUGAGGGAGGCUCGUUGACGGUCACGGGGACACGGCUCUACUUUGCGCCAGAGGUCAUCAACGGCGAGCCGCCCUCCGAAGCCAACGAUGUUUGGGGCUGCGGCAUUUGUGUCUUCUACAUGCUUGCCGGGCGAUUGCCCUGGAAGAAUCUGCCUGAAGGGGUCUUCGUGGACCACCCGGAGCUCAAGGUUCAGGGCUCGUGGUGCCACGGUGAGAACUUGGGAAGCCAUGUGGAAGUCCCAGGCUGA